GUCAUCAGCAUGCAACUCUCUGCCCAUAAUCUAAUGUAAUGUAAUAUAUCAUUAUGCCUGCAAUAUCCGAGCAUCUCAGAGAGACUCUGCCUUCUCCUGAUUGCCUGACACUAUGAUUCUGGAACCUAUUAACGAGGGUUUUCUAUCCAAAAUCUCUGAUUUGCUGCUGUGCCGAUGGACGUGCAGAAAUUGCUGUCAAAAGUGCUAUGAAUGCAGUUGCUGCCAGUCAAGUGAAGAUGAAGUGGAAAUCUUGGGGCCUUUCCCUGCACAGACGCCACCAUGGCUGGUAAGCAAUCGUAGUGAAGACAAGGAAGGUGAUUCGGAUAAUACAACAAGUGAGCCUCCUGCAACCCCACAGGAUACUUCCCCUGAUAGGAGAAGGUCAUCAUCUGAUACAUCAAGAUCUACAUACAGUCUCACCAGGCGCAUCUCAAGUUUAGAGUCAAGAAGGCCAAGCUCUCCGUUAAUUGAUAUUAAACCCAUAGAAUUUGGUGCAUUAGGAGCCAAAAAAGAAAUAGUCCAACCAACGGUACUACGAAAAUCAUAUACACCAGAGGACUAUUUUAGAAAAUUUGAACCCCGCCUAUACUCCCUUGAUUCUAGUAAUGAUGAUGUAGACUCACUGACUGAUGAUGAAAUUCUAACAAAGUACCAGUUAGGUAUGCUGCAUUUUAGUACUCAGUAUGAUCUGCUGCACAACUAUCUAAAUGUCAGGGUGAUAGAAGCCAGAGACUUGCCACCGCCAAUAUCUUAUGAUGGUUCAAGACAGGACAUGGCUCAUUCAAAUCCAUAUGUAAAGAUCUGUCUAUUACCAGACCAAAAAAACUCAAAGCAAACAGGCGUCAAACGUAAAACCCAGAACCCAGUAUUUGAGGAGAGGUACACCUUUGAAAUCCAAUUUUUAGAAGCCCAAAGAAGAACUCUGCUGUUAACCAUAGUGGAUUUUGAUAAAUUUUCACGACAUUGUGUUAUUGGAAAAGUUGCAAUGCCACUGAAUGAAGUUGACCUUGUUAAAGGAGGACACUGGUGGAAAGCCAUCAUUCCAAGCUCUCAGAAUGAAGUUGAGCUGGGAGAGCUGCUUCUGUCUCUUAAUUAUCUCCCGAGUGCAGGAAGACUGAAUGUGGAUAUUAUCAGAGCGAAACAACUCCUUCAGACUGAUAUGAGCCAGGGAUCUGAUCCUUUUGUGAAGAUCCAGCUGGUUCAUGGAUUAAAGUUAGCAAAAACAAAGAAGACUUCAUGCAUGAGGGGAACCAUUGAUCCAUUUUACAAUGAGUCCUUCAGCUUCAAAGUUCCACAAGAGGAACUGGAGAAUGUCAGCUUGGUAUUCACUGUUUAUGGUCACAACAUGAAGACAAGCAAUGACUUCAUUGGAAGGAUAGUGAUUGGUCAAUAUGCCUCGGGUUCCCCAGAAUCCAACCACUGGCGCCGAAUGCUGAACUCCAAUCGGACUGCUGUAGAGCAGUGGCACAGCCUGAGAUCCCGGGCUGAAUGUGACAGAGUGUCUCCAGCUUCUCUGGAGGUGACGUGAACCACUGGGAGUGAGGCAGAAGUUCACUACAAUGGAAUCACUAUGGGUUUUGAAGCAACUUUUUUAGCUGCUUGUUACUGAAAGGCAGCAUUAGCCUAUGUGCCUCAGUAGAAACCAAUCAUGCAAACCAUGUGUUUCACGUCCAUUUUACCACCACCUAUUUGUCAGUGUUCAGCAACAAUCUGGUUAUUGUUCAUUUAUCAUGGGCUGGAAAAUCUCUUCAGAUAUUCUCUCCAUCUGUCACAUGAAAUAGACAUGGUUUCCAUUGAAUGUGUGACUGAUUCAGUUUUGCCUCUAGCAGUUUACCCUGACUGCAUAAGGUUGGCAUAUAACACGCUGCCACAUUUCACAAAACAUUACAUGCUCCAGUACGAAGAGGAUGUUGGUACUUGUGUUCUAGUUAGUGACUGUACCUAAAAGACAUAAAUUUUAAAAAAAAUCGUGGCAUGUAUGAAAUGCAGUUUUGUCCUUGUACAAGUUAAGCACAGUACCUAUAAAUGUAUGUGUGUGCGAGUGUGUUAGUGUACAUAUCUAUAUUUAUAUAUCUGUUUCUACCAAGAUAAAAAUCCAUAUUUACAGAUACCAGUAGGGAGACAUAUAGAAAUAUAUUCAUCUAUACAAAUAAAUCGGAUAACUGUAUGCUAUUAUAAUGAAGAGUAUAUGUACGUAAGAUCAGACGCAGGCCACUGCAGAGAGAUCCAUCUCUUUCGAAUGGUGGGUUAUUUAAAGCCUUCGAUAGCAUGAAAGUGCUGUGCUACGGGGUCUGGCAGUUAUGUACAUUGUAAGUGCUCCAAGCUCUAAACUACAAAAUACUGUAUAUUUCAUUACAAAUGUGUAGUCUAAAAAUGUAUAUUUAUGAAAAAUAAAUAUAUAUUUAUUUGUGCCAUCAA